CGACCGAGGCUAUCGAUAAGUGGCUUUGACGCUGAAAUGUGUUUCGUUCUCUAUUUUUAUCAAAUUUCAUUCGAAAUCUGUGUGUUUUGUGGGUAAAUAAUUCAUAAUGAGUUUAUAUAUGAUGAGAACAUUGUAUAUGUGAAUGUGUUUAGAAAUAUUGAACAUGAUAUAGUGGACAAAAGUCAGCUUAUUUACAGUCGCUUGGAAGCCGUGAUGUUUCGCCAUGACAGCUAACCUGUUUAUUGUCCGAAAUUCGUCAUCGUAUAAAAAACUAUAAACAAAGCGAUAGGUUAUUAUUUCCAUUCAUAAAUGCAACGUGAUUCAUGAUGAAUGCCGAGCAGCACACAUUAACUGUACCAGCAUCUUCAGCAGCUCCACCUGAUGAAGCAACACAUCCUGGUGCCCUUCAGAGACAUACAGGGACUCCAGCAGAUCUGCGUGUUGGCACAGCUGUUGCACUGUCCAGUGUGGCCAAAUAUUGGGUACUCACCAACCUAUUUCCAGGUCCAAUCCCACAAGUGUCUGUAUAUGGACUGCAUCCUCCUAGACCAUGUGACAGUGGAAAGCCUGGUGGAGGUCAGGAAGGUCUACCUCAGCAGCAACAGCAACAGCAUUGCCUGACGGGACCUCCGGGCAUUGGUGUGACUGAAACCAUGGCACUGGUUCCUCACCACCCUCAGCAUACCCACCCACAGCAAAUACCUGUGACAGCCGUUCAGGCGGCACUGACAACUACUGCUGGAGGUGUAACUACCCUGUCAAUUCCACCGCAGCAACAUCUUGAGGUAGCAGGAGCAGGUGGUGCAACAGCAACAGUUAUGUUGACAAGUGAGGAGGUAGACAAAGACAAACUGGACAAGGGGACAUGUACCACAGAGCGUUGUGGCGAGAACCAGGUGCACUGCCAAGUGCAGUGCGAUCUUCAGUUGGUGAAUGCAGCUGCAGUUGCAGCACAGACUCAGCAGCAAGCCAAUGAGCAGUUAGCAGCUCAGCAGCAGCAGCAACAACAACAGCAACAUCAGCAGCAACAGCAACAACAGCAACAACAGCAUCAGGCCAUGGCUACACAGCUAACUCAGCAGCAGUUGCAACAGCUGAACCAGCAGCAAGCUGCAGCUGCACACCAGGUUGCCUUGUCACAGCAACAUCAGCAGCAACAGCAACAGCAACAGCAACAACAACAACAUCAGCAUCAACAACAGCAACAGCCAGGGGCAGCAGGAGAUGGUACAGGACCUAUUGCUAACGGGGCAGCCAACAAUGUUAUGCAGGCCCCAGUACCUGCACCUUCAUCUUCACAGGAAGUUGGAACACAGAUGGAUCCAGCUGGAGUACCCCCUGUAGGACCUGAUCAACACCAGGUGAAAGAUGAGGUGAAGCCUACCAUCAGUGGUUGUGCCAAGGAUAUCCGCAAUUUGCCCAUGCCUGGGUUCCCAGUACAAGACAUCAAGAGUCACAUGAUGGACAUUCGCACUGCAGAUGGCAGCAUAGUUAAGAUCAGCACCCCAGGAAAUGGAGACCAGGAGCUAACUAAGACAUUGGGCGUGGAGAUGGUUCAGAACAUGUACAAGGUGAACGUGGAGGACAUCAAUCAGUUGCUAGCGUACCAUGAGGUAUUUGGAAAGCUGCAGAAUGAAAUGGCAGUGGCAGCUGGAACUGUGACUGCAGGUGCAGUUCUGCAGAGUCCAGGAGGUGUCAAAUCAUCCUGCAGUGAGGUUGGUGGCGCAGGAGGAAGCAAUACAGCCACAGCAAGCACUGCCACAUCCCCUGCUACCACAGCUGUUAUCACAGCACCAGGCACUCACAUCUGUGACAUAUGCAGCAAGAUCUUUCCUUUCCGGUAUCAACUUAUAGUCCAUCGGCGCUAUCACACAGAGCGCAAACCCUUCACUUGUCAGGUUUGUGGAAAAGCAUUCACAUGUGCAGCUGAGCUGAGCCGGCACGGUAAAUGUCACCUUGGCGGUAGCAUGUACACAUGUGCAGUGUGUUUUCAUGUAUUUGCCAAUGCCGCAAGUCUUGAGCGGCACAUGAAACGGCACGCAACAGACAAACCGUAUGGAUGCACAGUUUGUGGCAAGUCAUUUGCACGUAAAGAACACUUAGACAACCAUACACGUUGUCAUACGGGUGAGACACCAUAUCGUUGCCAGUACUGUGCCAAAACGUUUACUCGUAAAGAACACAUGGUGAAUCACGUGCGCAAACAUACUGGUGAAACACCUCACCGAUGCGAUAUAUGCAAGAAGUCUUUCACACGAAAGGAGCACUUUAUGAAUCAUGUCAUGUGGCACACAGGCGAGACACCACAUGCUUGUCAGGUAUGUGGUAAGAAGUAUACACGUAAGGAGCAUCUUGCAAACCACAUGCGCUCACACACCAAUGAUACACCUUUCCGCUGUGAAAUAUGUGGAAAGAGUUUUACUCGUAAGGAGCACUUCACAAAUCACAUCAUGUGGCAUACAGGAGAAACACCUCACCGUUGUGACUUUUGCUCUAAGACAUUUACUCGUAAGGAACACCUUCUCAACCAUGUGCGCCAGCAUACAGGAGAGUCCCCUCACCGUUGUGGUUUUUGCUCCAAGUCAUUCACUCGCAAGGAGCAUCUUAUUAAUCAUGUACGACAGCAUACAGGUGAGACACCAUUCCGCUGUCAGUAUUGCCCCAAAGCAUUCACUCGAAAGGACCAUCUGGUGAAUCAUGUGCGUCAGCACACAGGCGAAUCCCCCCAUAAGUGCCAGUACUGCACCAAAUCCUUCACCCGAAAGGAGCAUUUGACCAAUCAUGUACGACAACAUACAGGCGAGUCUCCACACAGAUGCCAUUUCUGUUCCAAAUCUUUUACACGCAAGGAGCACUUGACGAAUCAUGUGCGCAUCCACACAGGUGAUUCUCCACACCGCUGUGAGUUCUGCAGCAAAACAUUUACUCGCAAAGAACAUUUGACUAAUCACCUGCGCCAGCAUACAGGAGAGACUCCCCAUUGCUGCAAUGUUUGCUCGAAACCAUUCACCCGCAAAGAGCACCUGAUCAAUCACAUGCGAUGUCAUACUGGUGAACGUCCAUUUAGUUGCUCGGAGUGUGGCAAGGCAUUCCCACUCAAGGGUAAUCUGCUUUUCCACCAGCGUUCUCACAACAAAGGGGCAGCAGCUGAACGACCAUUUCGUUGUGACCUCUGUCCAAAGGACUUCAUGUGUAAGGGACAUCUUGUUUCACAUCGGCGCUCACAUUCAGGAGACCGCCCACAUGCCUGCCCAGACUGUGGAAAAACCUUUGUUGAGAAGGGCAACAUGCUUCGUCACCUGCGUAAACAUGUGGCUGAAGGAGGGGGUGCAGGUGCAGCUCAGCCACAGCCACCUCCACAGGGACAUCACCAGAAUCCUGCUGUGGCAGGACAUGGAGUUGUGGUUCCAACUACACAUCAUCUCCAACACCAUCCUCCGCCGCCGCCUCUACAGCCGCAUCCCACACAUACUGCUGUGGUUGUUCCCACGCCUAAUGGAGUUCUGACUUCAUUCUGAGGGACAAAUCUCUGACUGCUCUCUACUCGUUUCGACAUUACCGUUAGCUAGCUCAUAUGUAGCACUUGUGUUCAGGAUCGUCUCCUGCUGUUUUUGCUGAUCUGCUUAGUGCAGUGUGAUAUGUUAGUCAGAACGUGCAGCAUAUGGAUGGGAGUGGUCUCAUAUGUUCUGUACUUGCAGUGGGUGUAAGUCUUGGCCAGUGUUGCAGUCUCCACCAACUCCCAUUUGUUUUUAGUCCUUACAUAGAUGAACAUGGCCCUGCUGCUGCAGUGGGAAAACAAAGAGAAAAGGGAAAGUGAAAAAGAUCUAUAUAUAUAUAUAUACUUUUUGAACCUUGCCAUACAAGUGAAUUAUAACUUCUAUUAUAUCUGUACAGAAGUAGAGUUUAUUAUUAAUGUUUAAAAUCAAUUUUACACAUAGACGAUCAUUUCUUUCAUGUUAUAUGAAAGCUAGAUAUUGUACAUAUGAUAUACAAAUGCAGAAAUAUAUUGUAUUCUAUCUAGGCAAAAUGAGAAAGAAUAAUUUAAGAAACUAAAUAAUUUUAAAAAUAAUUAUAUGAUAUGGAAACAUCUUCACACCAUUACAUUUCCAAGUGCUGUAUUUCUAAAAAUAGUAUUAUUAUGUUAUGAUGGAAUUUUGAUGCUGUUCUCUAGGCAGUAGGUAGCGUUAGUGCAUGCUGCUGCGAUGAAUCAUCGAACUAGUUUAGUGCCAUGAUCACCACACUGUGUGCUGUGCUAUCAUCAUCAAUCUCUUCUAAUGUAUCUAUGUGUGUGUGAAGUGUGAAUGUGUGCAUUGUGUUUUGCUGUUGUGCUUCAUACCAUGGCUUGGAGAAGGGAGGUGAUAAUCAGAAUGGGAAGCUUGGCAGUUUACGUACUACCUUUCGUUAUUUUCAGUAUAGAAUAAUUGACCUCAGGAGAGUAUGAUAUCCCCACAUAAUGUGUGUUGCUCCUUAGUCCUUACUUGUCCCCUUGCUUUUGCUGAAGUCUAAUCAAUGUUCUUUACAGGGCAAUGAUUGUACAGGAUUUGGAUUUAUACAAGGCUGAAAUGGAUAACAUUCAGAAACAGUUUCAGUGCUUCUUAAUGUUUCGAUCUGCACCAUUUGUCUUCAGAUUUAUUUUCGAACACAAAUCAACUAUUUGGAAGCGUUCAUUUGGGGUCUAUUCUACCAGACUUGUUCCUUGUUUUGUGUAGUACAGUACUUAUAGUAGGUUGGUAUAGUUAGUUCAACCAUAGUUAAUGUGAAUGGAGGAGUACACUGUGAUACUUCACAGCUGUGUGAAUUAAAAAUUUAUAUCUUUCAGUAAAACAGGGCUAGAAUUGUGCAUUCUGACAUGGCUUCAGACAGUCUGUGAUCUGAAAUUGGCCCAUUGUCAGAGUUUUAUAUGUAUUAAAUCUAAUCAAGACACUUAACUUGGUUUAUUCAUUAGUUUCAGCAGAUAAUUUUCUCAACAUUGGCCUCAUGGGUCUCCAUGUAUGAGCUGAAUGCUCUCAAGCUUGGUUUUGGAAUGAUUUUUUGUUAGAAGUCUUUCUUUUGCUCUUUGAAAUACCUUUUGUAUGUGUGUUGGGUGACAGUUUGGCACUUGACAUUUCUUCUCUAGUACUGCAUUGUUAGUAACAAAUUAUAAAAGCCAAAAUAUAUAGAUUGUUUUCAGUAUAAAAAAGCUGAAGUUUUGAUUACUUAGAUGAUCCUCAUUUUUUUAUCUUUAUUCUUUGCAUCCUGUUGUGUUAUAGAAUCACAGUACUCGGGCUGACUGCACAAAGGUGACUUUACUGUAAAAUAAAAGAGUUGACAGUGUGAGAAUUCAUUUAUUAAUCCUGAUACUAUUGUAUGUUUUAUUUUUAGGCCUUAAUUUAUUAAUCCUGUUACUGUUAUAUGUUUUAUUUUUUAGGCCUUGAUUAUAUUUCUUUUUCUAGAUCUUUAUAAUAUUUUCUGUCUUCGGGUAAUUUUAAUGGUUAGUCAUAAAUUUCAAAUAUUAAUUACCACUUACAUAACAAGCAGCAGGAAGUAUAUAAUUUGAUUAGACCAUGAAGGUAAUAUGAGGGCUUCCCGUUCUGGUUUCUUCUCCUAGUCUUACCCAGGUAGACAUUAUGCAAACAUCUGUUGGAAUUCUGUUGUCAUAAGCCAAACAUUUGGACAACUACAGUGGGAAGAAAUUUUACACUGUAUCUUAUGGAAAGAUGAUUUAGGAAGUAAAGUUUUUUUAAUAAAAUAGAGGAAUGUGUGUGUAUAUAUAUAUCAGUCAUUAAGUUUAGUUGGAGUGGCAAAUGCACACAAGUGAUGCAGUCUUGUGAGCAUGAGCUAGUCAGAUCAGCUUCAUGGCAGCUUCUUACCUGGUUCCUCUUGAUCUGGUAUGUGUUGAUGGCGGUUGUUUUCACACAACUUUGAUUUUUGCACUUCAGCACUUGCAGAUACAGGAGCACUUCAUGUUGCAACCUCCACUAAGACAAUAGAUCUUGAAUUGUUCCAUUCCAGUUUCAAGCUACCAAGAGUGAGUGUUAGUAUGAGCGCAUUGAGAACAAGAAAACAAAAGCUUUAUUUUUUAUUAGUAGGUAACGUGUGAGAAUUGCAAGGCAGUGACCUGCAACAUUAUUAUGAUGAUAGCUUAUACUGUAUGAAAAAUAAAACUUUGCACUGACAUCUUAUUUGGCAGUAAAAUGAAAGACUUACUUUCAUGUUUCUAUGAGUGCAUAUGUAGAGAUCUGUAACAGAUGCAUAUAUUUUCUGUUUAAGUUUUAGAAUUGUGUGGUUUGUGCUGAAUUGGGAUACAUGUUUUGGGACAACUGUACAGGAAACAGUACCUUUGAGUUAGUUAUAGAACUAUAUAUAUAUAUGAUAUUGUUGAUCCCAGAAAUCUGAAAGAGUAUAAAGUUGGAAGCAAUUGCAGUGGAAAAAAGGUCCAAUGAAAAUAGAAAUUUUCUUAAAAUGUAAGGUGUCAUAAAAAUAUUAUUAUUGAAAUGUUGAAUACUUGUGAAGUAGAGUGCAUUGGUUGGUUGAUAGAAUGAGGCUAACUCAGUUCUGUAAAAGAAAUUCCAACAUUAUUAGAAGCCCCAUGCUUAGUUACACAUUUGAAUAAUACUACAGUUUUUUUUUAUAUUACUGUUGAAAAGACAGAAUUUAUGGGGUUCACAUAUAUGACUACAUGUGUAGUUUCAUGUAUUAUGUAUUUACUUUGUAUUCUGGUUCUCAUGCCUUCAUUUGCUGGCCAACUACUCUAGUCAUCAUGCGUGAACAGAAACUGUGACUUCUAUUUACAAGAUUGCUCUGAUUCAGUCAUGUGUAUUAUAUGCCCUUGUAUUCUGCUCAGUUUUGUGAUGUAACAGUUUCAGUACUGGUACACAUAUUUGUUAAAUUUUUAACAGUGGUGGUGGCAGCAGGGAUGCAGACAAAACAGGCUUGUGUUUCUUGCACCAGAAUUAGGAAAACAGAGGAAAUGUUCAGUCACCAUGUUUUUAAUUUGAACAGGGAAUAUAUAGGAACUUAAUAAUCACAUUACUUGCCCUAGAAUAUAAGGUACUUACAAAUUCAAGCUACUACUUUCCAACUUUGCAUACAUUCCUGUAGUGCUGUAGUAAAUUGUGCUUUUAAUUUGUAAUAUAUCAGUUACAGUUUUUGUUACAGUCACCGUAUGGUCUGUUUUUUGGACCUGGGAAGUAUUUGUUGAGGCAUAAACUUUAUUUAACUUUUUUAUGGUGUCCAGUUGCUAUAAAUGAAAUUGUUAUUUUGAGAGAUACCAUAUUUGGAUAUGGCGGUCAAGAUCUAAGAAGAAAAGACUUCUUUGACAAAGGUCUCAUAUUUGAGAUUGGCCAGAGGCAGUGCAGACUUCUUCUUAGUUCAUAUGCCAAGAAGUAAUAACAAUAUUAUUACUUAAUUUAGUUACCUGAAAAUCAGAUACCAUUAUUUUAUGUAUUAUGUGUGAAAUACCUUGAAUUUUACAUCAAAUUUAUAUUUACUUUAAUGUAAACCUUUGAGAACAUUAUCACUUAAUUUUAACAGGCAUAGACAGUUACAGGAUUAAUGAAAUAAUUUUCAGGAAUAUUUUUGUUUCUCUGCAUUUGUUAUUAGUAGGGUUAAACGUAUUAUUUUAAAUUAUGUAAAUAAUUUAUAUAAUUAUUGAAUGUAUUAUCAAUUAAUUAUACAGUAUGUAAUUCAGUUUUCUGUUUCCCUGAUGAUGCAGCCUGGACCACUUGGUCAAAAUGUAAAAUUAGCCAAGUUCGACAGAUCUUUUCUGAUCUAAGCAGAACAGCAGUGAUGUGAUGAAAAGAGUGUGAGGGGAAGUGAAUGUGGAAUUUAAAAACAAUUUCAGUUGGUACAUAUUAUUGGAAUAAUAAAUACAAACAUCAAUAAA